AUGGCCCGACCGGUAGAGACGAACGGACGCCACCCGCGCGCCGCCGCCGCUCCGCGACCAAUCGAUCUCCAAUGCGGUGAGUCGUCGCUUGCUCGUCGGCGUUUGUCCUAUAAUGUUUUAGUUUCCGUUCAACAUGGAAGGGAGACCGAUAUUGUUGUCCAAAUUUCUAACACUUCUGAUCAAGAAAGCUGUAUGGAAUUUGUAUGCGGUGCCAUUGUUUUGUUCGAGAAAAGUUUUGGGUCCGAAAAUAAGGCCGCCAUGCAGAAGGUGCUCAAGGAAGCUGUGGAUAACUUUGGACCCGAUUCUGUUAAUGAGAAAAUUGAAUGCAUGUUUCCUGUUUACAGUAUGCUGAGGAAGUAUUGUAAAUCGUCGUUUGUGCACGAAGUGUUUGAGAGACUAUAUGACAAGGAUUCAUACCGACGAUGCGCUAUGUUCUAUGUAGAAUGGAGUCGUUCCCAUCCAGAUUUUGGAAAGAAGCUGGUAGCUUCUCUCGAUUUCACACUAGAGGAUUAUGAUCUAGGAGAUGAUGCAUGUGUUAAUUCAAAAUCAUUGGAAGUAUUAAAACGAGAGGACAAUGAAAAUAAUAUCAAAAAUAGUUUGAGCGAAGAAGUUGGUCCAUCGAGCAGCUCGAUCUCACCAGUAAAGAGGUUGACUCCUAGCCCAACGCUUAGUGAUAAUUGGACUGACCAUGAUGGUCCAAUGGAUGAAAAGAACUGUAAAGUGGACUCUACGAGAAUGCAAACGUCCCCUAAGAUGGCCAUCUACACGUUGGGCGGACGUGUUCGUAAACAAAGUUAA